CGCUCAGUCGGAGAGGGAACGUCGACCAGCGCGCAUCGUAACAGAGCAGGAGGCAGCAGUAACAGCAGCCAGUGGCGCGAAUCCCGUAUUCGUUAUGCUGCGGUCGCUUCUAAGGCAAGAGCGAUUCUUUCCCGCGGCGAGAAAUAACGAGGACCGUCACUUUGCGGUCGGCUAGGAUCAUCCGCGGGUUCGCGCGCUGUCAACACGCAUUGUUGCGCGACGGCGACGAGAACGAGGAGCUCCGACGUGGAGGAAGAGGAGGAUUUCAACGUCCCAAAUCAGCGGCGACCGCCGAUAAACUCGCACGCGGAAAUAGGGUACGAUGCUCUGCACGAGGCGAGGUUGCGGCGCGCGACGCCGAACGUCGCCGGCGGUGCGCUACUAAUCUGAUUGAGAGACAAGAGAGAGAGAGAGAGAGAGAGAGAGAGGGAGAGAGCGGCAGCACGUCUCGCAUCUGUGGCCUCACCAACAGUUCCCCGCGGGGCGAUCCGGCUGAACGGCCGGCUUCGUCGCGAUCGAAUCGUAGCUCCCAUCCAUCUCACCGGAGAACCACGUGAUAACUCCACUUCGAUCAUUAGUUAUCUGUGGUGAAAAUAGACAAGACAUGGAGGAGUGGUUAAACGCGCUAAGAACAGCGACGGAGAAUCGACCUCAGGGUGAUUCUGGAACUGCCGAGUUACUAGGAGGUAACCAUCAGUGGUAUGCGACUAAUCAUGCCAGACCUACAUAUUGCAAUGUUUGCAGAGAUGCUCUGCAUGGUGUUACUUCCCAUGGUUUAAGUUGUGAAGUCUGUAAAUACAAAGUGCACAAGAGAUGUAGCGCAAAAGCAAUAAAUAAUUGCAAGUGGACCACUUUAGCAUCCAUUGGAAAAGAUAUCAUUGAGGACCAAGAUGGGAACAUCACAAUGCCACAUCAGUGGAUGGAGGGAAAUUUACCAGUGUCCUCAAAAUGUUUUAUCUGUGAAAAGACAUGUGGCUCUGUACUUAGGCUUCAAGAUUGGCGGUGUCUAUGGUGCAGAGCAACUGUACACACAGCGUGCAGACCUGCCAUAAGUAACAAGUGUCCAUUAGGACCAGCUAAACUCAGUGUAGUGCCUCCUACGGCUUUGCAUAGUAUAGGUAGCGAUGAAGCUUGGGAAGCUGUUAGACCUACGGGAUGCAGUCCACUUUUAGUAUUUGUAAACAGUAAAUCUGGUGACAAUCAAGGUGUUAAGUUUCUUAGGAGAUUUAAACAAUUACUAAAUCCCGCACAAGUGUUCGACCUUAUAAAAGGAGGACCAGGUCCAGGAUUAAGACUGUUCCGUCACUUCGACCCGUUCCGGAUACUAGUGUGCAGUGGAGAUGGAUCGGUGGGGUGGGUGCUUUCGGAAAUCGAUCGACUCGGAAUGCACGCGAAGCAAUGCCAAGUUGGAGUGCUACCUUUAGGAACGGGAAAUGACUUGGCGCGCGUAUUAGGCUGGGGAGCAUCGUGCGACGAUGACACGCAUUUACCUCAGCUAUUAGAAAAGUACGAGAAAGCGGGCACAAAGAUGCUGGAUCGAUGGAGCAUUAUGACGUUCGAACGUAGCAUAUCUCUGCCAUGUCACAAAGUGACUCUGCAUCAGCCUGAUCCGGCUAUAAAAUCGAAUAUAGCUCAUCAGUAUGAGGACAGCGUUCUUGCUCAUAUAACAAACAUUUUGCAAUCCGAUCAAGAGAGUGUAGUUAUAUCUAGUGCCAAAGUUUUAUGCGAAACAGUGAAAGAUUUUGCAACACAUAUACUGGAAGCCAGUCUAAACACAGGGGACCAACAAUUGGGAGAAAAAUGUGAAACUCUUCAGCAAAAACUUGACUUAUUAUUGCAGACAUUAUCAAAAGAGGAAAACUAUUUGUCUAAUAACGUGGAAGAAACUGACAUUGGUACUCUAAAUACUGAAACUUUGAGCAGCAACCAAGAGAAAGGUGCUUUAGAAAAGCCAGAGAAGGAAAUGACGAAUCUAAAAAAAGUCAUAAGAAGAAAAUGUUACAUGGAAAGAGAUGCUGUGAUGUCUAGAGCAAAUAGCUUAAAAAGAGCUAUCAGGAGAUUAGUGGAACAUACGGAAUUAGCCGUCGAUGAACAGAACGAUCCCUCGGAUGAGAAGCAAGGUAGCAAAAUGCCAAACAUCACCAUAACAUGCGAUAAUUCGUCGAUGAAUACUGCGACAAAUAAAAAGCAACAUUUGGAUAUCCAUGGCUUAUUACAAACAGACCCGACAUCCGACAAUAUCAGUUUAAUGCCAACUCUAGAAUUCUGUAGCAGCGUAGAGAUAUCACCUUGCCCAAGUCCUACUCCUAAUGUGGCGUCCUUGAGCCCGAUGCCGGAUUUAAGGAGGGACUCGCAACCCGAAGAAUUACUUACUCUCCCUGCGCCCGAUGGUUUCGCUGACAGUAGACGGAACAGCGAAAACAUGCCGCAAGGAGUUUUCAGUUUUGACUCUCCCGCAGCACAGACUGCCGGCUGUCAACAAGAAGCGCAAACAGUUGCUACUAACGAUAAUUUCCUAUCGUCCGAACAUACGCAAAUAGAACCUGUCUCCGACAUCCCAAUCACCGUGACAAAGACCACUUUAGACACAAGUACACCAUCAGACGACGCGACCAUACAAGACACUAUCAUUUCUCCUGACACAGAUUCGCUUCAUUCAAGAAAUAUCUCGCCACAGCACGCACAAAAACCCGCGAAAAUCAAAUUGGAACCCAGAGGUAGUUGUACCAACAGCAUCAUUAGUACGGACAGUAUGGCUUCUGAAACAUUGGAUUCCAGAAGUUAUACCAUUCGAAAUAGCGAAAGUGAAAUUGGACAUAUAGACAGUGAUAUAUUCGAUUCCACUAAGAGAUCGGAAAGUUCGGAGAUUGGGCACAUUGACUCGCCGGAUAAUUCCGAUAAACUUUCUACGGAGACACAACACUCGGAAAGUGGCUUAGAAGAUUUAAGCUCCCUCGGACAGGACGUGAUCAGCGCGGCAAUGGGCGAGAAGUACGAUUCUGUCAGAGAGGGGUUAGAAAUCGAGGAACCGCGAAGAUCUUGCGGUUUAGCCCAAUUCAACGAAGGGAACGACAUCGCGAGGCAGUCUUUCAAAACGAGAAAUAUAAAGAUGGAUAAAGAGCAGGGAAUGCUAAAUAAAUAUAAAACGGACGGUUUGACGACAUGCGUACGUGUGUCGGGAACUAAAUCGAUGCAACCUGUUGAAACGAAUAUAGUAUCUGCCAAUCCGCCAUUCGAUAAUGUUGAAAAGGAGAAAGUGUCCGAUUUGCUAAGUCCGGUAUGCUGCUUUACCGUCUUGUCGGACAACACGCAGGCCAACGAAAAAUGUUCUAUAAACUUUCCGCCGCAGAUUAGUGUUAUCGUUGAUCCACCAAGCCCGUCAUUGUCGAUUGAGAGCCAUCAGAAACUUAAUUUGGAUUACAACCUAGAUCCGCAUGACAAACAAUACAGUAGCGGCAGUAGUAUGGAAAGAUUAAGCGUGGAACUGCCCGAAUCGGGUUUUUCUCCGCAAGCUACACGGCGUAUCAGUAGCGGCAGCUUAUUGAAGGCAACGGAAGUUGUGACAUUGGCAGCUACUACUGCUCGUCUAGGUGGUUCGAGCAUGAGUUUGCGCCACGAAAGAGCAAAAUCUGUCGACAAAACGGAGGAUGUGAAGAAACUUCCAAUAAUAAAUCCUUUGGUCCGAUUGCCGAUGUGGCCAAAUGUAAGCGGUGGAGCUGGUCUUAUCAGUCAAGCAUUACUGGCAAACGCGGACGCUCUGUGUGCAGCGGUAUCGCCAUUAAUGGAUCCUGACGAGUCAUUAAUGGAAGGCUACUUCGAACGGUGCGUCAUGAAUAAUUAUUUUGGAAUUGGCAUAGAUGCAAAGAUCAGUCUCGAUUUUCACAACAAGAGGGAGGAGCAUCCUGAAAAAUGUCGAUCGCGCGCUAAGAAUUAUAUGUGGUACGGCGUUUUGGGAUCUAAACAAUGGCUACAAAAGACUUAUAAGAAUCUCGAGCAAAGAGUGCAGUUGGAAUGCGACGGUCAAAGGAUACCGUUACCUUCUCUACAAGGAAUCGUUGUGUUAAAUAUACCAAGCUUUAUGGGCGGUACGAACUUCUGGGGCGGUACCAAGGAAGGAGAUUUAUUUUUAGCACCAUCGUUCGACGAUCGCAUACUGGAAGUGGUGGCAGUUUUUGGGUCCGUUCAAAUGGCCGCUUCGCGGCUUAUUAACUUGCAACAUCACAGAAUAGCUCAGUGUCAGACAGUCCAGAUUAACAUCCUAGGUGAGGAAGGUGUUCCGAUACAGGUCGACGGUGAGGCUUGGGUUCAACCACCCGGUAUUAUAAGGAUUAUACAUAAGAAUCGCAUGCAAAUGCUUUAUAGAAAUAGGGCGCUUGAAACUUCACUGAGAGCGUGGGAAGAGAAGCAGCGCAACACGUUAAGCGCCGUAACUCAAUCCACUUCUACUCUAAGCAGUACAUCGCAAUCGCAGUCCAGAACGCAUUUGCCGAUAUGUAGUAAGCCGCCUCAGUUGAACGAUGAGGAACUCAUUAUUCUAUUCAAUUUCAUUGAAGCAGUGACGACUUUAGUCAAGUGGGUAAAACUACUGAUUAUAUCUCAUCCGAGCCUCGAGCCAGAUUUGUAUCAAGUCGCCUCGCGUACAGCAAAUGCGCUUGAACAAGUACAUCCGGACGGUAAAAUCUUACAAGGGACGAGCUUGAGACCCAUGGUAACUGAAUUAGUAUCAAGUGCGAGACAAUUAUAUGAAGAAUCUUGCGAGUUGCUGCGUGAUAAAGCUCACAACUUGGUGGGUAUGAGAUUACGAGAGGAUUUGGAAAACAAGCUAUCUAUAUCUUUAGCUAAUAUGGAACAGGAAUUACGAAAGUGUACCUUUGAUGAAAGAGGGACAGGACUGGUUUACUUGCAAAACACUCCCGCAGACGAUCAGGGGGAUAAAAAAAAUCGUCAUCGAGGGUUGUUCUGGUUAAAGUUCCGUCGUUUUGCCGGGAACUCGGGCGCCGCGGGUCAUCUGGCGCGAGAUCAAGUUACCACGUGGGACGUACAGGAGGUGUGCACCUGGUUAGAAAAUCUGCAAUUGGGAGAGUACGCCGACAGAUUCGUGUCCCACGACAUACGCGGCAGGGAACUGCUAACGCUAGCCCGUCGUGAUCUAAAAGAGCUGGGCAUCACCAAGGUGGGGCACGUUAAACGCAUCUUACAAGCCAUCAAUGACCUCAACAAUUGAAUUUACACGAGUUACGUUCACAUAGAGACGUUAAGUUUUGCACGUUCCGGAGCCAAAAAUACGAUUGCGUAAGUAGUUAGAUACCUAGGUAGUGUUUGACACAGUAGCAAAAGAGAGUAUAUCUUCAGCGCAUCAUUCCAAAUGAAAAAUAUAUGCAACUGUAGUAAAUCGAUAGCAGAGAAGAUAAAAUUUAAAAUUGAAUAUUUGACAAAAAGAGCUUUCAUAACAAUUUGUAGAACAAGAUAGAUAGAUUAUUAUAUUCUUGCCCUAAAACGUUAAUUAAAAUGUGCAAUUUCCGACACACAUAUGCGAAUGAUAUCAUAUUAAAAUAUUUUAAAAAAAGACAAUGUUAGGUGAUAAAAAUUACUAUAGAAUUAUAUCCCUUAACAUUGUCGUACAGAAGAAAAUCACUUUUUGCCUGUGCCAAAUAUUUACUCUAUACUUAAAAUUAUGAUAAAAAGAAGCAAAGAAGUGAAUUUGUUGUCUCAUCGACAAAUUUACAGCGCAAUUCUAUUUAUAUAUACAUACUACAUCCAUACACACACACACACAGACACAAACACACACAUAUAUAUAUAGUACAAAAUAUGAGAUAUGUCACAUCUCCUAAGGGGAUGAAUUUUUCUUCACUCUCUCUUACCGAGGCAAUCCAUGACGAAAAUAACAAAGGUCUCGUGUAAAUUGCACACAUACGGAAUAGAUAAUUCUUGUAAAAUAGUAAAUUUUUUAUAUUACGGGCUAUUAUCCUAGAAUAAAAAACUUACUUCUCGGGCAUAAAUAUUUAACAACUAUUGCAUGUAUUUCGUGUUCGAAAUUCAUAAAUCUUACGCGCGGCAUAAGUAUCUUAAAUCUGCGAGUACUACAUUCUUGAAGAAGCGUUUCCUAUUGUCUUUGACGUAUAAAAAUUAUUUAACAUCUGUAAUUUUUAACUCUUUUGGUCAGUUUAUUCUGAUUGUCUUUUAUAUAUAACUUCGUCGAGCUACCGAUAUGUAGUGUGCAAUAUAAAUAUAUACGGAUGUAUAGAUAUCUUGUAAUUAUAUACACAGAUUUGUGAUUUUUUCGGUUGUUUGACGACAUUAAUCAUUAGUUUGAAAAGCAAUGUCUGGGCCAAGAUGUAUAUGAAAGUGAUUCUACAUAUAUCUCCUCUUAUGGCAAUAAACACGAUAAUUAAGAGAAAACCUAGAGAUGCAAAAUGCAUACAUUAUAGUAGUUUAAACAGCAUUAUUAUGUGUAUAUGAUACAUAAAAAUACUUUCUUUUUCCGGGUUUGUAGGUCACAACUCGCGGAUAGCUCUUACUUGUGAGCUUCUUGCCUUAUAAUAAAGCUCUUCAUUUUCUUACCCAUAUAAUCUCAGUUACAAAUAUUUAUCUAUUUUUAUACAAUUAUUUUUAAAGGUAAUGUAUACAUAUAUGGCCAUGUGCUAUCAUUUGCAUAAUCUUCUAUCAGCAUAAUCAAAUAUUUUGCUCAUAUUGAUAAUAAAGGAGAUGUAAUUUUUUUUUUUUUUUUUUUUUCCGAUAGCCGUUUCUUGACCCGUUUUUAUUUUGUUAUUAUGUGAUAAUUGAAGAAUCUCGAUUAUUAUACUUCUCAUAUACAGAGAGUAAUUCACUCACACAGAUGAGCAUAUUGCAGUAGUGUAUUUAGUUUAUGCGAUAAACCACGUAAUUAAUUAAUAUAAAAGUAAAUAGAAAAUAAAAUACAAUUAACUGACAAACUUAAAACAAAGUAGAAUCAAACUGUGAGUACACACUAAAAACAAUUACGCAGAGAUAAAUGUAAAAUAUAUUCUUAUCAUAACACACAGAAAAAAAUAUAGAUUCUUUAUUGACAAUGUUCAACCACAAGUUCGCCACAGGUUGUCCGAUAUUAACGCACUACCGACGACUCAUUUAUCUUUGUCUUUUAUAUAAUAACUUGUAAUAUAAAACAUGUUAACAAAUUUAAAACCAAGUUAUUUGCGACUUAAUAAAAUUUUCUUUACAUUCCAAUAUAUAUAUAUAUAUCUGAAAGGACAAAAGUGCCUACUCUAGAUUCACUAAUCUUGCAUACAGACAAGGAAUACAGUCAUAUACUGUUACAUGUACUGUACAUGAAUGAUAUGGCAUUAAUUACGUAUUAUGCUUUUUUUAUUGUUAAUUUAGAAAUACGAAACUAAACUAUACGAAACUUCGCUAACGCGCAAUAUCUAUAUAUAUAUACAUAUAUAUCUAUAUAUAAAAAUAUUUUUUUUAUAUGACUAUACAAAAUUUAUGUCAUUACAGCCAUGCAACAGAAUUUCGCAUCUUAAUAGAUAACAUUGUUGCAAUAAUGUAAUGCAGUAUUAUAUAGGAUAAUAUUACAUUCGAUGAUUUUUAAUUUAUACAAUCUAAUAUCCUUUUACGAAAGGGGGGAGAAAAAUUAAAAAUUAUAAUCGAAAUUAUAACGUUUAAAUAUAACAUUAUAACAAUGAACUUUAUAUAAUUUAAUUACUUCGAUAUAUAUAUCUUCUAGAGAUAAUUUAUUGAACGUCUAAAAAAACAAAAUCAAUUUAAAAAAUAAUGCAAAUAAAAUUAAUAAAUUAGAGAUAACGUUUAUGUGUCCUUAAAAUUGAUAUUUUGAAUAAUCUCCAUGUUCGUUUAUAUAAUAUUUGUCAAUUCUUAUUACUUAGUCUUCUACUCCUUUUUAAAUCUAGAGAUAAUUCUGUAAAUGUUAUCUUGUGUAUAUUCGUCGGGGAUAUUUUCUGCAGUAAAAUUCCUAAUAUACAGAAUUGACAAUCUCUCUCGUAUUAUCGUGUAUAACACGCACGAAUAAAAUAUAUUGUUGUAAGAUAUUCCUUUCCAAAAUAAUGAACACACACACAUACACAUACACAUAUACAUAUAUUGUUGUUUUAUAUACUUAUUAAAAUAAAAUAUUUAAUAACAUAUGCAUACUUCACAAUUUAAAACAUUGGAAAGGUAUGUUACAUAAAAACGAAUGUAUUUAACAUAUUCAAUUACUGUUCCUAGAAAAAAAUAUACCAUUUUAUUAUAUUAUUAAUAAUGUAUAUGUAAUCAAAGUAAGUAAUAGUAAGUCUCUUUGGAGGAAGUUGGAGAAGAAUAGUAUUCGUAGUUUUCUAGAAACCUACUCGCGCACAUCUGUAUGUUUUUCAAUAUUUCUUUCACAUUUGAGACGUAUCAUAUGAUUUUAAAAGCAUUUUACUCUUUUGUAUCUGUGAUAAAUUUUGUGUAGCUGCUUAAUCUUCUAAUGCAAAAAAUGUGUUAUUAUAACAAGUAAUUAUAAAUAUGUAUUCACACAGUGAAUCGUUCCUUUAUUACUUCAAUCAGAUGUGUUAAUUUUUCUUGUUUCCUUUUUAUAUAGAACUAUUAUUGACUUAAUUAAUUAAAUAAUAUCUUUGAAAUGUGCAUGUAACAUAUAUACAUGUAUGUAUAAGAGCAAUGGUGUUAUAUUACAUAUAUAUUCUACACAUAGUAUAUAUAUUAGCUUGAAAUCAGUACUUAAAAAUAUUUGAGUUUGUAUAUAGCGAAUCUCUAGAACAAUUUGAAAUAAUAUUAUAUUUGCUAAUAUUGAAACUAUUCGCGAGAGAGAUGUAGAAAAUUCUAAAAAUUGCUUUUUCUGUUCUUGGAAAUCAAAUCAAAGUAAAUAUCUUCCCGUUUUUGUCGCUUAUUUUAUCAAUAUUGUUUUUGAUAGAUCUCUUUAUAAAAUCAUACAUAUACUGAUAUAUAAAUAUCUAUAUUUAAAUAUAAUUAAUUGACACAUUUUACAGUCUUGUGUGGAAAUGUUCGUAAUAAUAUACAGAUCACGAUAAAGACAUCCAAAAUAGAUAACAAAGUUUUCUGUUUACAGAAUAGGACCAUAAGUAUAUUACAAAAUAAAUCUAAAAGUACUGUGAUAAAGACUCUUAAUCUAUAAUGAACAGUUAUUGUCUAUAAUAUUAACAUAUAAUUUACCCAAAUAUUAGCAAUAUAAUUAUUUUAAUUGUAUUGUAAGGUUUUAUUGUAUCAUCUCUUUUUAAAUUAAGAUUUUGCAAUGUAAGCUUAUGAGUACAUAAGAAUGUGAAUCGAUCUAUGUCAAGCACUUCGAUUUAGAGUUUUAAUUUUUUGAUAACGAAUAUUUAUACUAUUAUUCUUGAAUUGCACUGAGAAUAGCGUUUAUACUUAAAUAGGAUUUAUACUCAUUAAAUAAUAUUCAUUUAUACUUAUUAAAUAAUAUUCAGAAUUUUUUUGCAUCAAGUUUUAUUGUAUUUACUGAUUGAAUGCUCUUCCCGAGAGAUACAUAUAAAAUAUUUUAUAUAAAACAUUUUGUUGUAAACAUUUUUUUAAUGAGACUUAUGAAAGAGAAAAACAUUUGUUAAUUUUUAAUAACAGAUCUUAUACAUGAGCACAAGUUUAGAUUUUUUAAAAUGGGUUUUAUAAUAAUUUUAUAAUAAAGCUUUUGAAAGAGUAUGACAUGCCAAACUUUGAAUUAUUAUAUUCAAAUAGUCUGAAGAAUUAUUAUAUUACCAGACAUAAUAAUAAUAAUUGGCAAAAUUUUUGUCAAGCAAUAUCUUGAUGUAAUAGCAGGAUUUAUGAAGAGAUAUUAAUAAGUACUAGUUUUUAAUAUCCUACUUUAUUAUUGUAAUCAGACUUUUUUUAGAAUAAACAUCUUCAAUUAUUUACACACAGCGUGUGAAAAAAUCUUUUACUUUCAUUGUGUAUCAAAGAGUUAGCAUUAUAAAGUGUAUUUUUGUCUCUCUGAUAUUAUCAAAUUUUAUUUUAAUAACUACAAUGCUAACAUCGAAUACAUUAUGCCAAUGUUUAAUAUGUAUUAUAAAUCCUGCUAUGUAAAAGGAGAGCAUAGUAAUAUAUCAAAAAAGCUAUUUAAGAAUAAAAGUGUUCAAUUUGUUGUAUACAUGCACUUUGUACGUGUUUUGUUAAAAUAAUUAUGCAUUAUUUCUAUAUGUUUAUUAUAUAUAAUCUUUUUGUACUUAAGUAUGCAAGUGUUAUUAUAAAUAAUAUAUUACAUUAUAUAUAUGAAAUGAAGAUAUACAAAAACUAUUCACUGUAUCAAAAAUCAAUAUUCUAUAAUAAAGUUAAAUCUUAAAAAGUUCCACAU